CAAACAUUAUAGCACAUAAGUAGAGAAAAGGAAGAAGAUGGAGAUCUUUGUCAAGAAAGAGUACUUAGAUUUGGUUCUUGUCCCAUUUGGAUUAAUCAUAGUUUUAUCUUACCAUCUCUUUCUUCUCUAUAGAAUUCUUUAUUUCCCUUAUCACACCAUCAUCGGUUUCAUGAACAUCGAUAAAUCCAUUUGGGUCGACCGUAUCAUGCAGGCAAGAAAAGACGAAUUGGGAUGUGCUUUAACUGUUCUUUCGAGUAGCAUAUCAGCUUCAACGUUUAUGGCAUCCAUUGCUUUAACAUUGAGUUCGCUUAUCGGCGCGUGGAUAGGGAGCUCACCGGUUAAUACGACGGUUUUUACAGGACAUUUUGUGUAUGGAGACACAAGUUCGAUCACAAUGGUCAUCAAAUACACCUCUCUACUCAUCUGUUUCCUAGUUGCAUUCUGCUGUUUUGUUCAAUCCACGAGAAGUUUUUUACAUGCCAACUAUCUUAUCACCACACCCGGCGAUGAUAUACCGCCGGAUAUGGUGAAGAGAUCUGUCUUGAGAGGUGGUAACUUUUGGUCGUUGGGACUUAGGGCUCUUUACUUGGCUCUUAAUCUAUUGUUGUGGCUUUUUGGACCGAUACCGAUGUUUGUUAACUCGGUUUUGAUGGUUAUGUGUUUGUAUUAUCUCGACUCGAACUCGGUGGCUCAGCCUCUUUAUCACCGGACGUUCGAGGCCGAGCAAAUUGUCAAGAGGAUGAGAGGAGUUUUGCCUGAACAGUUGACUUUUAGAUGUGAUUGAAAACAGAAACAUUAUUUGAUUAUUAUUAUUAAUCAAUUUGCCAACUUGGGAUUU